AUGCUGGGCGUAAUGAUCGGAGCACAUCCUGUGGGCGGCACUGGGCCGAAGGCCGGAUUCCUCUACAUCCGCGUGCUUGAGGCCGGCAACCUCGAGGGCCUCAUCGGCACGCCCUCAUGCUGCAGAUCCUCGAGCUCAGGCUGUUCCUCGAGCUUUUUCUCCUGCUCAGGUUGCACCUGCACGUCCAGCACAGCACCGGAAGGACUGCAAGUGGGGUUCUCUUGCAUCUGUCUUGAGCGCACGGUCCGUACCAAGGUAAAGGCCACUGUGGACGCACUGACGGGCACUGCCACCUUCAGGGAGGAGCAAGCACCUGCUGUGAUGACCGCAGCCGACGUGGAGAUCUGCUCACUCUUGUUUGCCACGCGUUGA